AUGGACAAUCAGCGGCAGGAAUCCUUCAAGCGGCUGCGCACACCAUGUGUGGAGCUUAGCUCGAUAGGUCUACGAUUCCGCGGCAAUCAAGCUUCAUCAGCUGAAGUAAUCCAAGCCCUUGAACCUGUUCACAAUGCCCUGGUGGAUUUGGCGGGGAAAAAGGUCCUCGACGAGAAGCUUGCCGAAUAUGCCUUCUUCCCCCUCUCGCACAUCUUCAACGAGUCACAGAGACUACCAGCACGCUGCCUCGAACUGGCGGUGCACUGCCUACGGAUAUUGGUUGCGGAAGGAUGGCGACAGCGAUUGUCGCCCGCCAUGGGCAAACAGUUGAUCAUCCUGCUGACGCUGAUCGUGGCAGGGUCACCGGGCAAGGCCGAAGAGAAAGACUUGCCUACCCCGAAGGUUUCGGAAGAGCUUGCUAUCGCAGGCUUCGAUUGCCUUCGUACGAUCUUCGACGUGUUAGAGGGCCCGGUAGCGGAGAAGACCAUCUUUCAUGAGAUCGGCACAGCCACUGUUGUCGAUCAGACCGUCUAUAUUUUGCUGGAGGGAAUCGUGGACGAGAGAUCCGAUGAGCUCUGUCUAGCGGCUGCGAAGGCUAUGCAAGCCCUCUAUGUUCGGAUCACCGAUCGUGUCGUCCUAGCAAGCAUCAUGCCUCGGACUGUGUCUGCAUUGACCAAAGUAGUGAGGCCUACAACACAAGCUCGUCGGUCAUACAAGUUAUUGCAGACCUCGUUGCAUAUAUUGACAUAUCUUCUCCGCACCGUCAUAAGUGACCGUGUUGCCACCAACACUGAGAAGCCUGCCUUGGUCGAGUCCAAAAAUGAUACCCUGGCGCUUGAUGCUUCCUGGCUGAAGGCAACGUGCACACAGGUUAAGCUUGCACUGGCAAAUGUCAUUCAGAUUCGGCGCCACCAGCGGAUAGAGGUUCAAUCAGCUCUGCUGGAGCUCUGCGUGAUGGUGGUUGAGGAAUGCCAGACUACCCUCAAUGAUGCUAUCUCUAUGAUGGUGGAAACCAUUGUCGUCCUAGGAGACAAGGAAGAGGAGGCCUCCAAUAUGGCCUACAAUACGGUCCUUCAUCUUGCCACUGCCUAUCCGAUCGUGCUGGAAUCUCUCAAAGAGUCGCUCCAUACGUGGCUUACAUCAUUCCCUCGCAUCAUGCAAAACAACGACGAGACCGCAAAACAGUGGGGGAUCCGUCAAAUUUCAACUGUCUUCCAAGUCCUUUCCCAAGUUCAAUCUCAAUCAGAUCUUCUCACGGGCAGUUUGGCGUCUGGGCUAUGUGAUAGUGUCAGUGCAGUUGUUAAGACUAGCACCAGUGCUCUGCAGCCUCUGGGCUCUACUGGGGCCGGUGAUUUAAGCUGGGAUGUAUUUCGUUCUGCCUCUGACUCGAUGAGCUUUCCACCCGUGUUGCUGGAGCAUCGAAGUCAGCAGCAGACUUUGAAAGACCUGCAGUCUAUGAUUAGAAGGUUGAAUAUGUCCGAAUCAGGCAACGCAAUUACUCGAUUGGUCGUCAACCGUCUCCAUGCCACGUCGGAUGGCUCUGUUGUCGCGCCCUUUUGGUUGGCAUUAUCUUCUCUUCGUGACCAAUCGCAAGUCGGGGCUAGCUUCGACGACUUCAUCGCCGAUGACAUCGUGGAGCAGCCUUUGUCAAGAUCCAAAAGGACUGGCAUGAUCGAAGAAUUGUACUAUGUAUCGUUGACGAUCUUGAACGAUGUUCCCACCGAUGGCUCGGGUGACUGGCGAACGUCAGCACUUGCGCUGGAGGCGGUGGCUCUUCAAGCCCAACAGCUCGGUGAAGCUUUCCGGCCCGAGCUUUUGGAUGCCUUGUACCCGACGCUGCAACUUGUUGCUUCAAAUAAUCCGAGCCUCCAGCGACACGCUAUGACAUGCCUGAACAUCCUUACCUCGGCAUGUAAUUACCCGGAUACAAGUUCCAUGGUCAUCGACAACGUGGACUACCUGGUGAACUCGGUGGCACUCAAGUUGAACACCUUCGAUGUAUCACCAUACCCUCCACAGGUUCUGUUCAUGAUGGUCAAGCUGUGUGGUGCACGGCUAAUUCCGUACCUGGAUGACCUCGUCGACUCUGUCUUUGGUAUUUUGGACUUGUACCACGGCUACCCAAAGCUCGUAGAAAUCAUGUUCAAAACCCUUGCAGCUAUCGUCGAGGAGGGGGCCAAGAAGUCAUCGCUUUUGACGAUCGAUAGUGGUCAAGAAAGCGGCCCGCGCGAGAAUCGCAAAUCUCAAAAUCAACAUCUUUCGAUUGCGAUCAUUGCUGCGGAUAUUGCAAACCGCAAGUCGAAGCGCGACAAAACGGUUGAAGAAGAUGCAGAUAUUGAUGGAAGUGUUUCCCACCCAAAGAAACCUUGGUCUGAGACCUAUCAAAAACCGCCGAAAGAGCCGGAGACUAUCGAAGAGAUGCUGAAUCAAGCUGAAUCCGAUGAGCCACUUCCUCCACCGAAAGAGCCGAACGACAGUGAAAUGCCUCUGAGCAAAACCCAUUCCCUACUGGUACACAUCGUCAAGUCGAUCCCAUCCCACCUCUCCUCACCAUCCCCAUACCUGCGGCGCUCCUUGCUCUCUAUUCUUAUUGAAGUGCUACCAGCACUCUCUCGGAAUGAAAAUAGCUUCCUGCCAUUGAUCAAUGAUCUCUGGUCUCCAGUAGCAUCGAGAAUCAUCUUCCCCUCGUCACUUGGGAACGAACCAUCCUCAUCAAGAUCUCUGAUGACCGGAUCCUCUACUGAGCCCGACAGUGGCCCCAAUCGGUCUGAUACCCACAGUUUCCAAGAAGAAACCUUUGUCAUGAUCACUGCCUGCCAAGCCAUUGAAGCUAUGUGCAAGGGCGCGGGCGACUUCAUGGCAUCGCGCAUCGACGCCGAGUUCCCACGUUGGGAGCGUCUCUACCGCCGUGUAUGGAGUAAGGUGCGACAAGAUGCAGAGGCAGCUAACCAGCGACGCGCUCGGCAGCAUCGACAGGAGGAAGCUUCUUCUGCCCAGAUCACCGACCUUAGCCUGGCACUAUCUUCUUCUCUCACCCUCUCCCCAGCCGCACUUGGUUCCCGGGCAUUUACGCCGCACCAUACUCUAUGGCGUGGUCUCGUCUCCCUCUUUUUGACCGUACUUGCAAAUGUCAGGUUACCCCUGGAGGUGGGCGAUCAGAUUUGUGAGAACCUUGCCUCAUGGAUCGCGCUCUUUGUUGGCCCGGAGUAUUACUUCCGCUAUUCAAGACGCACUACUGAUCCUGUGACACCGGAUGAGGCCCAACAAAGUGUGCUUGAGUCGGCUGAGGAUGCGAUUCGGGCCAUGGAGACAUGGAAUGCGGAUCUUACUUGGUUCUUGUUUGUACGUGAAAGAAUGAAAAUUACAGAUCCGGCCCAAAGACCCAUUUCUGGGCCUUUGACUACGGAAGUCUUUGGAGAGACAAUGCAGUUGGCCCGGGUCGCAUUCGAAUAG